UACAUUCCCUCUCCGAUGCCGUUGAAGUUGAACUUUCUUUCUCCAGAGAAGAACAGGGAAUACCAAGAACGUACGAAAACCACCGGAGGAAGAGAUGGCGGUGGGGGCAGCAGGAGGGGUUUCAUCUACUACACGCUCUCUCCAAGAAACACCCACUUGGGCGCUGGCCGCUGUUUGCUUCGGCUUCAUCUCCCUUUCCAUUUUUCUCGAGCAUUCCAUUCAUCUCCUUACCAACUGGCUCAAGAGGCGUCAAAAGAAGGCACUGAAUGAAGCUGUGGAGAAGCUUAAAUCAGAACUGAUGCUAUUGGGGUUCAUGUCUCUUCUAUUAACUGUAAUACAAAGACCCAUCUCUUCCAUUUGCAUACCCACCAGAGUUGCAGGCACCAUGCUUCCAUGCCAUAAAAGUAAAACCACGAAAGUCACAGUAAGCAAGCAUGGAGUAGUAUAUGAACGCUUGAAUGGUGGACGACGUUCCUGGAGUCCAUUUAACAACGGCAGUGGGGGUUGGUGGCAAUUCAAAAGACGACUAGCGGAAGAUAGCAGUGACACCUCGGAUCGUUGUGCUUCUAAAGGGAUGGUUUCUCUGAUAAGCCAAGAUGGGCUGCAUCAGAUUCACAAAUUCAUCUUUGUUUUGGCAGUAAUGCAGCUUGUUUACAGUCUUCUCACAAUGGCUCUUGGAAGGGCUAAGAUGAAGCGUUGGAAAGCAUGGGAGAAAGAAAUCCAAACAGUUGAUUACCAAGUUGCCAAUGAUCCUAGACGAUUCAGAUAUAUAAGGGAAACAACGUUUGGGAGACGGCAUAUGAAAUCUUUUACCAGGACACCAGUUCAGCUUUGGAUUAAAUGUUUCUUCAGGCAAUUCUUCAAUUCUGUACCAAAAGUCGAUUACCUCACCUUGCGCCAUGGCUUCAUUUCAGCUCAUUUCUCCACCAACAAUAACUUCAAUUUCCAAAAGUACAUAAAGAGAUCCUUGGAAGAUGAUUUCAAAGUGGUAGUCAGGGUCAGUCACUUCAUGUGGUUUCUUGUCAUCAUCUUCAUGCUUGUGGACGUGCAUGGAUGGAACGUCUAUCUCUGGGUAUCCUUUAUCCCAUUGUUUAUAGUGUUAGUUCUUGGAACCAAACUUGAAGUCAUUGUCACCAGGAUGGCUCUUCAGCUGAAGGACCAGAACAUUGUGAUCAAAGGAGCUCCUAUGGUGCAACCCAAUGACAACUUCUUCUGGUUUAGUAACCCAAGAUUUGUCUUGACUCUUCUACAUUUCACUCUGUUCAUGAAUGCAUUCGAGUUCUCAUUCUUCAUUUGGGUUACCAUAGAAUAUGGGUUAAAUUCUUGCUACCAUGAACACAUUGAGAUCACCAUCACAAGGGUUGUAUUAGCGGUGACUGUACAAGUUCUUUGCAGCUACAUAACCCUUCCUCUCUAUGCACUUGUGACACAGAUGGGUUCCCAAUUCAAGAGUGCAGUACUUGAAGAGCAAACAACGAAAUACAUAAAACAAUGGCACAGUGGAGUUAGGGAGAAGAUGAAGAGGAACAGAGAUCAAUCAUCACAUUCAACUGGAACUGGAAGUUGCCACUCCAAAACAGAGAGCACCACCAUUGAUGCAGUCUUAAUAAACCAAGUUUCUUCUUCCUUAUCCCCACGACCGACACCCACCUUCACGAAAGCAAUUCUAUUCCCCGGGAGAGAUGAAAUCAUCCAAGAACCAGAAGCAGAGAAACCAAGAAGCCCGGCUAAUCCGAACAGGACCGGGAUGGCGGUGGUUCUAGAAUUAUCAGAGAUGAAGUCAAACCUGCAACAAGACUUACAAUCUCCGAUAACAUAAUUACAUGAAAUAUCGAAAUCUGUAAGAUGGAUCACCUCUUGCUCUUGGAAUUAAAUCGACGUGUUACACCUCAACUUUUAUUUUCUAUAAAAAAACAAAUUGUGGGAUGAGAGAGAA